AUGGCAAGUCGGCAAAUCACACGGCGCAUUAUCAGCAGCGCAGCGAUCGCACUAUGUCUUGUCUUCUUCCUCUUCAUUCGACCGCAAGGGCCACCUAGCCCCGCCAUCCGCGCCCCCGGCCACAUCGACCAUUCCGCACCCGUGACCGCGCCGGGCAUAAGCAUCCAAGAUAGCACAUUGAAGGGCGCGGUGGUGAUGCCCAAGCUGGGCAACGAGACUGUUAAGGCUGAAUUGGGUCGUGCGACAUGGAAGUACUUCCACACGGUAAUGGCGCGAUACCCCGAAACGCCCACGGAAGACCAGCAGGAGGCGCUGCGCUCCGGAGAAUGUGCAUCGCAUUUCCAGCAACAUCUCAGCAAAUAUCCCCCUCAGGUCUCCUCCCGCAAUGCAGCUGCGGGCUGGGCAUGCUUCAUCCAUAAUGAGGUCAAUGCGAUGCUCGAUAAGCCCGAGUUCGAUUGCGCCAAUCUGGGUGAAUUUUAUGACUGUGGGUGUAAUGGGGAUGAAGAGGGUGGGAAGGGCAAGCAAGGAUCUGCUACUUCACGGUCUGAUGCCGGGAAGGAUGGCACGAGGCAUGAUGGGCCCGCUGUGGAGAUUUCCAAGGAAGAGACUACCCGCGGUUGA